AUGGCGCGACCCCAGACAUCCCCGAUCCUAGCUCAGCUGCGAAACGCCAAAACGUGCCCCGAGCAGUCGACAGCUCUACAAGCUCUGAAGAAUGAGAUCAUUGGGCAUCACCAGAAGAAGGAGACAUGGGUCAGUCUGGGGGUGCUAGAGCCCGUUAUUAAGACCUUGACCUCGGCUCGCCCUGCGGCCAAGUCGAAUACCGCCAAAGAUGCUAGACCACAGGCAUCGAGCCGCCGGUCCCUAUCAGACGAAGACGACGUAAGGCUGCAAGCCUUGCAGAUCAUCACAAGCUUCGCCAAGGGUGGCCCUCCCUUCCUACCGUCCGUCCACGCCUCCCGAGCUCUUCCAGCCAUCCUCGCAUGCACAUCUCCCAACGCCAACCCGCCGCAAAUCGUCGUUGCCGCUCUCAAGGCCGUUAGUGGCAUUGCAGAUGCAGCUGCUCUGGCGCCCCCGACAUCAGAUUUCGAUACUCUAGCUCUUGCCGACGCAGUAUUUACAUCGUCGUAUCAUCUCGAAUCUCUAUGUCUCAUACUUGCUUCUACGUCAUCCAGCCGCCUCCAGCAGACCCAGGUUGAGCUUGUGGCCAGCUUGAUAUCCCGCAUCUGCAGAGAGGAACGGCAUCAGCAGGCCCUGGUCCAGUCUGGUGUUUUGGAUAUGCUCGCGUCGCGCUUGGCCAGCUUCGCCGUCAGCCAGGGCCAUGUUGUUCCAGGAGCCGAAGCGCAAGCUUACAGCGAUGGGUUGUAUGAGGCCUUCCCUAAGGAAGCUCCUCAUGGAACACAAAUUGGUCCCGUGCUUGCGGCGGUAGCAGCCAUUCUUGGAGAGUCAAAGUAUAGAGCAACUCGCCUCAUCAACUCUCCCGCCAUCCUUGCCGUCUUCCCAUCCAUCGCCGUUGAAACCAGUGGCCUGAGCGGUGCCAAAAUCCAGAGCCCAACAGUUAUGGAUUACUUACUGCCUCAAGUUCCUCCUCCCUCUUCUAACUCUCGCAGUCCACUCCAGUCUCAUCACCAUUCUUCCGUUAAUACACCAGACCGCUCCGAAGCACGAACUCCGAGUCAGACGCCUGGCCUUAGACUUGUCUCCCCUGCUGCCUUGGAGUCGGGCUUGGACAACUCAUCCGAUGAAGUCGAGAGCCCUUUCAUCCCCUGGCUGAUUAUACAGGCCAGAUCAUUGUCUGGCUAUGGGAGACUCAUGGCAGUCACUAUUCUGACAGCACUCUUCAAAGCUGGACUAGGGCGUAAAGGAUGGAGAGAAGCCAGCCUUGGCAUGCUAAUAGUGCCGAUUCUCCUUGAGUUGAUUACGAAAAAUGACAAGGACGAGGCCGAGUCGCAGAGUAGCUUUGAUGAAACACAGCAUCUCAUCUUGGAGAAAGCGCCGGCAACAUUAGCCCGUCUCAUCACUGACAGCGAACUGCUACAAAAAGCUGCUUACGACUGCGGUGCAAUUAAGACCCUGACAAAACUUCUGAGGCGCGCUUAUCGCUCUGUGCCUAUCCUAGAGGCAGCAAAAUACUGGUCUCCCCAGCCUGACACUGAUAUGGAUGUUGAGGGUCCGUCUGCGUCUUCACAAUUGGGACAGCUUGGCCAGGAUCCGCUGCUCUCGCAUCGUGUGAGGCUAAGAGAAUCGACGCUCAAAGCCAUCGGCGCCGUAGCCUCUGGAAAGGAAGAUUACAGGAAAGCCCUGGUUGAAGAAGACUUUAUUCCCUAUGUAAUGGAGUCUCUUACUGAGUACCCCAAGCGUCCUAAGCAAAUCAAAGACCGGCUCAAGGAUAAACCCAGCGGAGAGCCUGAACCACAGCCCAACGUUUCGUCAGCAUACGGCGCUAAUCCAUUAUCCGUCAUUGUCGCGGCGUGCCAUGUUAUCAGGAUGCUUUCGCGAUCCAUUAGUAUACUGCGGACGACGUUGGUUGAUCAUUCGGUUGCCAUGCCAGUCUUCAAAUUUUUAAAACACCCAAACGUUAAUGUCCAGGUUGCUGCCACAGCUGCUAUCUGUAACCUAGUUCUGGAAGCUAGUCCAGUCCGCGAACUACUGGCCGAAAAUGGUGUUAUGAAGAUCCUUUGCGAACACGCCCACUCUGAUAAUCCUGCUCUGCGGCUUAAUGCAUUGUGGGCUCUGAAACACCUUGUCAUUGCCGUUAGCUCCGAUCUAAAGCGAUCUUGCCUGGAGCAGCUUGGGCCUGAUUGGUUGGUGCAACUUAUUUGUGAUGAUGGUCAGGAUGCUGUUUCAUAUAACACGCAACCUAGCCAGCCGUCGGGCGAUGAUGUGGAUGUGGACGUGGAUGUGGAUGUGGACGAAGACAUGGAUGCCUCGCCAUCUGACGAACAGGUGAGAUGGAUGUUUGCAGCAAACGGCAAUCCGCAGAAGUUGGAUGCUUCGAGAUCAACCAAGCUGCGCCAAGCGGAAGACAAGCUCGCUAGCUUGCGUGAAAAUGAACUUAACUCGUUAAGGAGAUCCCGCAACGAUGAAGUAGCUGUUCAGGAACAAGGUCUGGAGCUCAUUAGAAACUUGUUAGGGCUCGGAGUCGGCGCUUCUGCGGAGUCACCUUAUGAUAUGACAGAAAUGAUUGAUUAUUUGUUCACCACCAUUGGGCAAGAUCGGCUUUUUGACCUGUUAUCCUCAAAACUACGAGCCAAGGUGCUCCAUCCCUUCUCUCGACGAGCGCCAACACCGGGGCAGGAGACCAGACUCAUCCACCCCCAUGCAAAAAUCAUCAUUCCAGUUAUUUACAUCUUGGUCCAUAUAGCAGCUAGUACACACCAGCAUCGACAGUUGGUUGCUAGACAGACAGAUCUGCUGAAGCUGCUCUACCAGCAGAUCGGCAAUCGAGAUAAAGAGGUCCGCGUCGCCGUGUGUCAUUUCGUCAUAAAUCUUACGGGCCACGACGAUGAAAGUGAUGUGCAAGACUGGUCUAUGAGGAUCAAUGAGUUGAAGAAGUUAGGAUUCCAUACCAGGAUGGAGUUCCUCAAGCACAACGACAGAGAUCUCGACGUGAGAGAACGCGCUAAGGCGGCAGUCUACCAGCUAGAUAAGGCGAUCGAAUUUUAG